AUGGCGCGAUUCUUUUGUUUCGUACCGUUUGUUUCUAUACUCUGGUCCGGCGUAGCCGGUCAGCUCAGGCUGCCUGGCAUCGCAACGCCAUCCAGCUACGACGUCGAGCUAGAACUAGGGGCAGAUGUCUUUACGGGCAACGACACGGGUUUCACCGGAAACGUGGGUAUCGUAUUCAAGGUCAACGCGUCCACCGACGAGAUCAAGAUCAAUUCCCUGGUCACGGUUAAUUCAGCUUCGCUGACCGAUGCGAACUCGAACCAGGUGACGAUUUCCAGCUUCGAUGAUGUCGAUUCGAAUACGCAAAUGUUGACGAUCGCUCUGAAAGACACUUUAUCGCCAGGCAUCGAUUAUACGCUAAACAUGAGCUUCAACGGCACUAUCAACAUCGACAACAACGACGAGAGCCUCUUCAGGGCGGAUUACCUGGACGAUUCCGGAUCUCUAUCGCAUUUGGUGGCCACCCAGUUCGAGGCGAACUUUGCCCGAGGGGUAUUCCCUUGCUUCGAUGAGAACAAGUACAAGGCCGCGUUCCAGAUGACCUUCACUUACCCGAGCGGACUGAAUAUUCGUUCGAACAGCCCCCAGCAAUCGACCGGCGAAGCUUCCACUGCCGGGUUCUCCAAAACCACCUUCUCCCGUACUCCCGUCAUGUCCACCUUCCCCGUAGCGUUCGCCAUUGGCGACUUCACAUGCACCGAAGGCAUUAUAAACGUCAACGUCAGCAGCGAGGUGUGUUCGCUGCGUGGCUUGGAGGAGUACAGGACCACCGCGUUGGAAGUGCUGCCCGAAGUGGUGGCCGCCCUCGAAAUUCUCACGGGAAUACCGUACGACAGUUUCCUCCCUAAACUCUCCCUCGUGGCGAUGCCGGCUUUGGGGUUCAACGGGGAGGAGAAUUGGGGCAUGAUGACCUACAGGGACAGCGUGGUACUUUCCGGCGACGAAACCUCCGAUUCGGACCUCCAGUUCUCCUUGAUGAUUAUAUUCCACGAGACGAGUCACUCUUGGUUCGGCGACCUCGUCACUCCAUCCGACUGGGACUAUUUGUAUCUCAAGGAAGGGUUCGCUGUUUAUUUCCAACAUUUUGUGGUGCCCAGUGCGGUAGGGCGGAGCGCCGAUUUUCAGCUGGACAGGCAGUUUUACACCGAGCAAAUGCAGUGGGGUUUGCUGUCGGAUUCGUCUUCUGGCGCCGUGUCGAUGAACAGCCACGUGGAUACCCAAGAGGACAUCAACAACAAACCAUUGGACGAAGUCAACUACGCCAAGGCUGCGACGGUUCUCCGGAUGUUUCAAAUCGUCAUCGGCGAAGAUAACUUCUUCACGGGUGUGAAGAACUACUUGAACGACCAUGUAGGUGCCAUCGCCGCUCCGUCUGACCUCUGGGACGCCUUGUCCCCGUUUUUCCCCGACGUUCUAGACGUAUCGUUCACCACCGCGAUCAAAAAUUGGACCGACCUCCCGGGACAUCCCUUGGUGACCGUUACUGCCAACGGUAACGACGUGGUUCUCAGCCAAAGGAGGUUCCUAAAUCCCGAAGCCGACGACGACUCCCAAUGGUACGUCCCACUCAGUUACACUCUCUCGUCCGACAGCGACAGGUUCGCCGAUACUUCACCGAGGGCAUGGUUGGUCCCGGGACAAGACCUCACUCUUCAAGGCGCUUUGAACGGGAACGAGUGGAUCGUGCUCAAUAACCAAGCUAUUGGCUUCUUCAGGGUCAACUACGAUCAACUCCUUUGGGGGAAGAUCCAAUCCGCUCUAGCCAACGACAUAAACCAAAUAGACGUGCUGAACAGGGCUCAAAUUGCUUACGACUUGUUGAGCUUCGCAGACUCGGGACUCAUGAACUACACGCAGGCGCUGAGUAUAGCAAAGUUCCUUAAAAACGAAACCGAAUACUUGGUGUGGUACCCGGUCAUCGCGUCUCUAAAUAGGGUGGUGAAUCGGAUAGGAGCAGAAUCCAGUACCGGUGUCAAGUUGUCAACGUAUUACAGGCAGAUAUUGAACACGGGAUACCAAGCUCUGGCUUUCAACGAGAGCAGUGAUCACAUGUACGCGUUGAAGCAGAGUCUGAUACUGAACAAGAUGUGUUGGCUGGGUGAGGAGUCGUGCGUUAACAAGACCAAGGAGCUCUACGCCGCUUUCAAGAGCGGCACCAGCGUUCCCAAGAACCUGAGAAGCACGGUGUACUGUACGGCCCUCAAAUUCAGCGACGAUCCGGCGUCGGACUACGAGUUUCUGUUUUCCCAUUUCCAGUCGGCGACGCUACCCAACGAACGGGACUUGGUGAUCAACAAUAUCGGCUGCCUAACCGACCCCACGUCUUUGAAAAGGUUCUUGAACGAAACACUCGAUCCUCGGAGUGGUAUCCUCGUUCAGGAUUUCGACGCGGCUUGGGUCUCCGUUUAUGCGACGGAGAAGGUCGGCACCGACACCGCCAUGGAGUUUUUGGCUAACAAUUAUGACCGGAUCUCGGCAUACUUGCCGGGUGAAGUAUCCUCGUUGCUAUUCGGUAUAGCGGACAGGUUUUGGAGCCAGGAUCAACUGGACAGGCUUCAAGCGUUCGCGAACUCCAGCAGCCUAUCGGCCGACGACAGGGACGCCGCCAAUUCAGCACUGAGUUCGGCAAUGAACAACGUGGCGUCGCUGGCGUCGCUCAGCGCGAAUCUGGACUCCUUUCUGGACGUCGAAUUCUCCUCUGCUAGAUAAUGUUGCACUUAUAACCUGUAAAUAAGUGUCAAAGAAUAAA